GCAGAACUUCAGAGAGUCAAUAUAUACAGUAAAUAAAUACUACUAUACGUAGUGUAGGGUCGAAUAACGUUAAGUUUUGUACUGAUUACGUAUAGUAGUUGCUGCUAAGCUCCAUAAUGUUGCGUAAGACCUCAUCUAUCAUAUCUUUACGGCGACUAUGCUACGCUUUUGGCGCGCUUUUAUUGUUUCUCACACCCGGCGGCGAAGCAACCGUGAAGCUACCGGACGGCGUAGUUAUACCGGCGGUCAUCGGAUUUGGGGACUCCAUCAUUGACCAGGGCAUGAACAACUAUAUCCCCACCAUCGCCAAAUGCAACUUCCCGCCGUACGGGGAUGACCUGCCCGGAGGAAAUUCCACCGGACGCUUUAGCAACGGCAAAACCCCUAUUGAUCUUAUAGCUGAAGAACUUGGAGUGAAAGAACUAGUGCCACCUUAUUUGGACCCCAAUUUGCAAAUCGAAGAUCUGAAAACGGGAGUCAGCUUUGCGUCCGGAGCAAGUGGCUAUGAUCCUCAAACAGCACAACCUGCGUCAGUUAUCUCAUUAAUGAAACAAUUAGACUACUUCAAAGAAUACUUGGAAAAGCUGAAGAGCACUUUUGGAGAAAAUGAGACAAACUUCAUAAUAGAAAAUAGCCUAUUUCUGGUGGCCGAUGGCAGCAAUGACAUUUCAACCACCUACUUCACCCUCGGACUUCGUCGAUUACAAUACAACAUUGACGCCUACACAGAUUUUAUGGUUCAGAGUGCAUCCGAUUUCAUCCAGGAAUUGUACAAACUAGGAGGUCGAAGGAUUGGGGUAUUCAGCCAGGUACCAAUCGGGUGUGUGCCAGCACAGAGGACAAUCGCUGGAGGCAACGGUUGGGAUUGUGCUGAGAAAUACAAUGAAGCAGCUAAGCUUGCCAACUCCAAGUUUUUAGUCGAGAUUGAUACCCUCUCCAAAACAUUACCUGACGUGAAGUUAGUUUUCAUCGACAUUUACCAACCUCUUUUUGACCUCAUCCAAAAUCCCGGCCAAUAUGGUUUUGAGGAAAGUGAGAGGGGGUGUUGUGGAACAGGUAAGAUAGAAGCAUCCAUUUUAUGUAACAAAUUCUCGCCAACAUGCAAAGAGCACGACAAGUUUGUAUUUUGGGAUAGUUUUCAUCCCACUGAAGCAGGCUACAAAGUUCUCGUAGAUCAAGUCCUCCCCAAAUCUGUCUCACGUUUCACUUAGAUUAUGAGUUAAUGAGACAACUAAUUGCCACUUAUACGUUUUGAAGUUUUAUCAUGGCUCAGUUAGCACUUGGCUGUCCACUCGGAAACAUACAACAUUUGCUCAUUGGAUCUUUUUAUCACAAUAACUUUCUUGGUUGUAAUGUAAUAUCAAUUAUAUAUAUACAAUAACUUUUUUGGUUAUAAUAGUGGCAAUAUUACUCUUGUUAAAGAUGACAUUAUUACUUUGGUUAAAGAUUACAAUAUUACUCUUAAUAAAAAUAGCAAUACUACAUCAAUGUUAAUAAAAG